AUGAGUCGGCGGAUAAUCAAACCCAGUCUCCCCUACGACCUCUGCGCGCAUCUCCAGAACAGCGCCCGAAGCCGAAUGCGUCAGGUGCCAGUGCCGUCGACGGGGCUGCACCAGAGUCUGCUCACGAUCCUCCUCGACCAGGGCUUCAUCUCCAGUCUGACUCGGGGCACCCGGGACGGCCCAGACCCCGCAGGAUUCCUUGCCGCCCCCUUGAGCCAACGGCGGCUCUGGCUCGAGCACAAGUUCCGCGACGAGCAGCCCGUCCUCCGCGCCGCCAGACUCGUCAGCAAACCCUCCCUCCGCGUCUAUCACGAUCGCCCCCUCCUCCAUCGCUUCGUCUCCCAACAAAUCUCUCUCGGCGAAAUCUGCGUCGUCCGGAGUAUCGAUGGCAAGUUCCUCUGGGAGGCUCGCGAGGCGCUCAAGCAUUUGGAUAAUCAGCAGUCCGUCGAGGUGGUCUGUCGAGUCUCGUCAUGA